AUGUCUCAGUACUCAGGAAAGAUCGUGUUUUACGAGGGCAAGUGCUUCACAGGCCGGAAGCUGGAAGUCUAUGGUGACUGUGACAACUUCCAGGACCGAGGCUUCAUGAACCGCGUCAACUCGAUUCGUGUGGAAAGUGGAGCCUGGAUCUGCUUUGAUCACCCCGACUUUCGAGGACAGCAGUACAUCCUUGAACGUGGAGAAUACCCAGAUUUCCACCGCUGGAAUUCCCACAAUGACCACAUGGGCUCCUGCAGGCCUGUCAGAAUGCAUGGUGAGCACUACAGGAUUGAGCUCUUUGAGGGAUGCAACUUCACUGGCCAGUGCAUGGAGCUGUGCGAAGACUGUCCCUUCCUGCAGGGUCGAGGCUGGAACAAGAGCUGCAUCAAUGCCAUUAAAGUCUAUGGAGAUGGAGCAUGGGUGAUGUAUGAGGAGCCCAACUAUCGUGGACGCAUGUACAUUGUGGAGAGGGGUGAUUACCGGAGUCACAAUGAGUGGCAGGGACACAGUGCCAACGUCCAGUCCAUCAGGCGGGUUGUCAACUACUUCUAA